AUGUGCAUAAUAAGAUUUUUCACGUGUGAGGCUUUUAGUGCUCAUAAAACUAAAGAAAUACUUGAAAAACUUAAAAGAGUAGACAAUGAUAUCGCAGCUCUAUCGACUGAACUUUGCUAUCACGUGGAAAUAGCAGAAGGAUGUGAUUAUUUGAAUAUUAAUCAAAUUAAAAUCUUACAGUGGUUACUAAGUUCUCCCUUGCAACCGCAUUCCUUAAAAAACGAGUCGGUUUACAAGUUUGUAAAAGACGAUCAACUAAUAAUUGAAAUUGGACCGAGGUUUAACUUCUCCACUGCUGAUUCAAGUAACUCAGUUCAAAUCUGCAAAAGUGUUGGGCUGCAUGAUGUGGUGCGCCUGGAGGUAUCCACCCGUUACCUUAUUACAUUUAAAAGUUCUAAAGUGGUCAAUAAAAAAGUAUUUGAGGAUCUUGCUGCAUCUCUACAUGACAGAAUGACUCAAUGUAUUUAUACAAAGGAAAACCUUCCCAGGCAUAGUUUUAAUGAAGGUCUGCCGAAAGACUUGGAGCCAUGGUAUGUUGUGCCUCUUAAAAAUGAAGGUAUGGCUGCCAUGAAAAAAGUCAAUCAGAAGCUAGGUUUAGCAUUUGAUAGUUGGGAUAUGCAAUUCUAUAUGGACCUUUUUGUGAAUAAACUGAAGAGGGAUCCUACUAGCGUGGAACUCUUUGACCUAGCUCAGAGCAACAGUGAACAUUCAAGGCAUUGGUUUUUCAAGGGUCAAAUGAUAUUAGAUGGUGUGAAAAUAGAUGAGUCUUUGAUAGACAUGGUUGCAUCAACUCAAAAAUAUUCCAAUGAUAAUAAUGUCAUUAAAUUUGGGGAUAAUAGCAGUGCAAUUAAAGGAUUCAAGCAUACAAAACUCAGACCAAGCAAUGUUAGGGAACCAUCACAAGUACUCACGGAAGUGACUGAAUCAGAUAUAAUUUUCACUGCGGAGACUCAUAAUAUGCCCACAGCCGUGGCUCCAUUCAGUGGAGCUACAACUGGUACUGGAGGAAGGAUAAGAGAUGUCCAGGGAGUAGGAAGGGGCGGUCAUACAGUGGCCGGAACUGCCGGGUAUAGUGUGGGCAAUUUGUUGAUACCAGGUUAUGACUUACCAUGGGAGGACAAAGAUUGGAAGUACCCAAACAACUUUGCUAGUCCACUUCAAAUAAUAAUAGAUGCCAGUAAUGGAGCUUCAGAUUAUGGAAACAAAUUUGGAGAGCCUUUGAUAUCAGGUUUCGUGCAAUCGUACGGUUUGAAGAAUGGAGACAACAUCAGAGAGGAGUUCAUCAAGCCAAUAAUGUUCAGCGGUGGUAUUGGUUAUAUGCCACACCAGAUGAUUAAAAAGAACAAACCGGAAGAAGGGAUGCUCUUGGUGAAAGUGGGUGGCCCCGUAUACCGUAUCGGGGUUGGUGGAGGAGCAGCUUCAUCAGUUGCAGUCCAGGGAGGAGACUCUAGAGACCACGCCUUGGACUUCGGAGCUGUGCAAAGAGGUGACGCGGAGAUGGGAAAUCGUCUUAACCGAGUCGUUAGAGGUUGUCUUGAAGCCAAAAUUAACCCAGUUGAAUCGAUUCACGACCAAGGCGCUGGUGGAAACGGAAACGUGUUAAAAGAGCUGGUGGAACCAGAGGGCGCUGUCGUCUUUACAAAAGAGUUCCAAUUGGGUGACCCCACAAUUACUACGUUGGAACUGUGGGGGGCUGAAUACCAGGAAAAUGAUGCACUGCUUUGUUCAAAGGAGAAUAGGAAUGUUCUAGAAGACAUAUGCCGACGUGAAAGGUGUCCGGUAUCGUUCGUUGGGGAAGUGACCGGUGAUGGUUUCAUGAGUUUAGUUGAAGAUUCCUUCAAGGACUCGUAUCUUAAGAGAUCAGAUCGACAGAAGCCGGAUGUAGUGGAGAAGAUGCCGUAUGACUUGCAUUUGGAGGCUGUGUUGGGUAACAUGCCGAGGAAGACGUUUGACCUUCAAACUGAAAAGCGAACUAAAGUCCCACUUGCGCUGCCCCAAGAUGUAACAGUCGAGAAGGCUCUUAACAGAGUUUUAAGGCUGGUGAACGUGGCAAGCAAGAGAUAUCUGACUAAUAAGGUGGAUCGUUGCGUAACUGGUUUAGUUGCGCAACAACAAUGCGUGGGUCCCCUCCACACACCACUUGCAGACUGCGCGAUUAUUUCCCUCACUUACCACGAGAAGGUGGGAUCGGCGACAUCUAUUGGCACUCAGAAUAUCAAAGGCCUUCUGGACCCGGCUGCUGGAGCUAGGCUGUCAUUGGGAGAAGCGCUUACUAACUUGGUGUUUGCCGGCAUAAGUGAAUUAGAAGACGUAAAAUGUUCCGGCAACUGGAUGUGGCCAGGAAAGACAGGCACUCAAGGGGGUUCACUAGUUGUGGCCUGCAAAGCACUCACUAAGGCCAUGGGAGAACUGGGCGUGGCCAUUGAUGGUGGGAAGGAUUCAUUGUCCAUGUGCGCGAAUGUCGGUGGACAGAACGUCCAAUCUCCGGGUACACUAGUAGUCUCUACGUAUGCCCCAUGCCCCGAUAUUACUGUGAAAGUGGAACCUGCUCUGGUCAAGGAAGGGUCCGCAUUGAUCCAUAUAGCAGUGACUCCAGGACAAUAUAGGAUCGGAGGUUCAGCAUUAGCUCAAUGCUACAAGCAAUUAGGCGACAACCCACCAGAUUUGGAUGAUCCACGUGUAUUGAAAUCGUUGUUCAAAGUUACACAAAAAUUACUCAAAGAAAAGAAACUUCUCUCCGGACAUGAUAUAAGCGAAGGAGGUUUUAUUACAACCGUCUUAGAAAUGGGCAUUGGCGGUAUUCGUGGGCUAGAACUGAAUAUACAGAAAUCUCAAGUGUCACCUAUAAAUAUCCUGUUUAAUGAAGAGCUGGGUAUUGUUCUGGAAGUGGAACAGAGUGACGUGCAAUAUGUAUUGAAGGAAUAUGAGAAGAGUGGUGUUACAGCUAGUGUUAUUGGUGUCGCGGGCAAAUAUGGAAUGCAGUCUAAUGUAACGGUGAAAGUAAAUGGUGAAGCAGUACUUGAUAUGAAGCUGAUAGAUGUUUUCCGGAUGUGGGAGGAGACCAGCUACCAAUUGGAGCGUCUGCAGACCAACUCUGACUGCAUUAAACAGGAAUGGGAAGGUUUGGAGAAACGCAAAGGCGCAACAUACAGUGUAUGUUUCGACCCAUCAGCUGCUGUGGUUCCAACUAAGGCAGUGAGAGUGGCUGUUUUAAGAGAGGAAGGUACAAAUGGUGAUCGAGAGAUGAUUGCGUCACUAAUGAUGGCGAACUUCGACGUUUUUGACGUCACCAUGAGCGAUUUGCACUCGAAGAAAAUUACCCUUGACGCCUUCCAAGGACUGGUCUUCCCUGGAGGCUUCAGUUAUGCUGACACCCUAGGUUCCGCCAAGGGAUGGGCAGCCGGUAUCCUAUACUCUGAAGCGAUCUACGACCAAUUCUCCCGUUUCAGAAAUAGAAAAGACACCUUCUCACUCGGUGUCUGCAAUGGAUGCCAAUUGAUGGCUCUCCUUGGAUGGGUUGAUCCUGAUCAAAGGACCACAUCGGUUCGCAAGACCCAGAUAUUCCUGGACCAUAAUCAAUCAGAACGAUUCGAAUGUCGUUGGAGUGCCAUAAAAAUAAACGAAAAUGCCAAUCAAGAUGUUUGGUUCCGUGGCAUGGAGGGAAGUGUUUUGGGGGUUUGGGUAGCGCAUGGUGAGGGUAGGUUCGCCUACUCCCAACCCUCGAUUAGAGACCAAUUGCAGAGCAAUGGACAGAUUGCUAUGCAAUAUGUGGAUGAUGAUGGAGUACCCACCGAAGUGUAUCCUAUGAAUCCUAAUGGAAGCCCAGAUGGACUAGCAGGAGUAAGAUCCCCAGAUGGUCGCCAUGUAGCUAUGAUGCCCCACCCUGAACGUUGUGUCCUCCGUUGGCAAUGUGCAACUCAACCUGCUACUGUAUCUAACCCAGCACGACCUGACAGUGAUGCUUCACCUUGGCUCCGUCUAUUCCAAAACGCUUAUAUUUGGGCAUCGCAACAAAAUUAA